AUGGCUCAACACGACACCACCACAAAACACCGUUUAUGGCUCUAUCUUGAGAAGCCACACCCAAUCAUUAAGCAUCCUACCAUAUUAUCUUGCACCUCACCGAAAAUAGCAAAUCAAAAGUGUCCAAAGUCAACACUGGCUUCUAUGGCAAAACCAGUUUCAAUAGAAGUUUAUAACCCAAAUGGCAAAUACAGGGUUGUUAGCACCAAAUCCAUGCCUGGAACUCGCUGGAUCAAUCUCUUGAUUGAGCAAGACUGUCGUGUUGAGAUAUGCACCCAGAAGAAAACAAUACUGUCUGUCGAGGAUAUUAUUGCUCUAAUUGGUGAUAAGUGUGAUGGUGUAAUAGGCCAGUUGACGGAAGAUUGGGGGGAGACAUUGUUUGCAGCGCUAAGCAGGGCUGGUGGGAAGGCUUUUAGUAACAUGGCUGUUGGUUAUAAUAAUGUUGAUGUUAAUGCUGCAAAUAAGUAUGGUGUUGCUGUUGGAAACACUCCUGGAGUUCUUACAGAGACAACUGCAGAGUUGGCAGCAUCGCUUUCUUUAGCUGCUGCUAGAAGAAUUGUUGAAGCAGACCAGUUCAUGAGGGCAGGCUUGUAUGAUGGAUGGCUUCCUCACCUGUUUGUUGGGAACUUGCUCAAAGGACAAACUGUUGGUGUCAUCGGAGCUGGUCGAAUUGGAUCUGCUUAUGCUAGAAUGAUGGUUGAAGGGUUCAAAAUGAAUCUGAUUUACUAUGAUCUCUAUCAAUCCACACGCCUAGAGAAGUUUGUUACAGCUUACGGUGAAUUCCUAAAAGCUAAUGGUGAGCAGCCAGUUACUUGGAAAAGAGCAGCCUCGAUGGAUGAGGUGCUUCAGGAGGCAGAUGUGAUAAGCCUUCACCCAAUAAUGGACAAAACUACUUACCAUUUGAUCAACAAAAAUAGUCUUGCAACAAUGAAGAAGGAAGCGAUCCUUGUAAACUGUAGUAGGGGUCCAGUUGUUGAUGAAGUAGCCCUUGUAGAGCAUUUGAAACAAAAUCCUAUGUUUCGCGUUGGUCUUGAUGUCUUUGAGGAUGAACCUUACAUGAAGCCCGGACUUGCUGACAUGAAGAAUGCCGUAGUGGUUCCACACAUUGCUUCUGCUUCCAAGUGGACCCGUGAAGGAAUGGCAACUCUAGCUGCUCUGAAUGUGCUGGGGAAGAUUAAAGGGUAUCCAGUAUGGGGCAAUCCCAAUCGGGUAGAACCAUUCUUGAAUGAGAAUGCUUCUCCUCCUGCUGCAAGUCCAAGUAUUGUGAAUGCAAAAGCCUUAGGGCUACCUGUUUCAAAGCUAUAA